AAGCGAUUCCUCGAUCCAUGGAAACUAACGUCGGCCGAUAAUCAUGAGAUUUUUUUGUCGGUAAGCACCGAGAGAUACAACACAGACACAGAGAGCGUGAUGAGAAUCGGUUUGAACGAGAAAAUGCGUACCUCAAAAUGUGUUCAAUCACUUCAAGAUUGGUGAGAAAAUUUCGGCAUCGUUGAUGUUCUUUGUUUUCGUUUUUGGACAAAAAUUUGAUCUUGAUGGCCGCUCGUGUGAUUAAAAAUAUCUUCACCUGUCCUCGUAAUGUAGGUAGACGGGCACUGUCCUCUAACCUCGGAACCUUUCUGCAAUCCAUUGUAGAAUUUGAAGGUAAAAUAGCGAGUCGGAUUUACAAACAACGUUACGCAGCGGCAGCAUAUUCACAUCGUUUUCUUCGUGAUAUCUCCACAUUUGUUUGUUUCUUGUCAUCUUCGCGUUCGCCCCGCCCUUAGUCCUAGGUAUUCGUACAGAGAUGUGUUAUCAAACCGGCAUCACGAAAAAUGUGAAGCUUUUUCCCUAGAAAAAUACAACUAAAAGGACAUUACUAACACCUUUCACGACCAAUCAUACUGAGCUGUUGUAAUUCAUGAUUAUACUAUAGGUGAUUUAACGCCAGGGUACAAGUCAGCCAAAUUAAAAUGCGUUCAUGUCGGCCACUAGUCAUUUUUUGCUAUCUUUAUCCUUGUUUUGUUCUUGAGAAGAGGACAUGAAUAAAGUAAUUGAGAGGAUCACUUUCAAUUUUAGGAGUCGUAAAGCCGAUCUCUGCUUGUGUUUGAUGUUACAUAAGAGCUCUAGUGCCACUGCAUGUUGAGCACCGCACAAUGUACUUGUGAUUGCCUCCCACAUGCAGAUGAAGCCAUAAUAAAUCGUAAUCGAGAGCUGCAUUGCCCCCAACAAGAUGGCGUGCACUGCUACCGAGUUGCCGCCUGAAAUAUGGAGCAAGGUGCUGCUCGAGUACAGCGAUGCCUCGAACCGCAGCGUUGGGCGCCUGGCUCAGACUUGUUCGGUGAUGCGCGCGAUGAUGUAUGAAGUGAACGACGAUUCCUGCGAAGGUAUGUGGCGGGCUAUGUUUCGCCGUCGUUUUCUUCAGAAUAACCCGAAUGGCGCACUUCUCCUUUCACCUUCUCAACCGAACGGACGUGCGUUUUCGCCCACAAACUCCGGCGCCAUCGACCGUCUAAACUUCGCGCGAACGGGCAGCUACCGUGAUCGCUACGUUGCACUACACGACUUGGAAAGGCGAUUUCGAAAAGGGUAAUGCUUGUUCAUCAUGUGCUCUUUGACUUUGAUUUUAUAUUUUGCAGCCCGAAACAAAAAGACGCAUUGAUAGAUUGGAGGUCAAGUGAAGAGUUCUUCAACAGUCUACUCUAACUUCCAUUAUUGUGAUUUAGUUGAAUGCGACGUCUGAUAGUCUUACAUGAUCAUGCACCAAAUAGUCUAUUUGCCGUUGCCGAUAGUGCGAGGUAAUUAUAGAUCACGUUUUUUUAUGGACAAUGAUCUCGGAAAUACGCUUACGCUAUUGAUGCUAGUGCAUCUCCUACUUACACUUGCAAUAAUUUGGCGUUAUUUCAUAUUAAUCGUUCCAUGUUAAUUCAACUUUCACUUUUUUUAACAUUAGAUUGUGGGAUCGAAAGUUAAAACUGGCUUCGGAGCCAACUCCAGUAUGCGAUUUGUUCCUGACACCUGGCACACGCGAUGUCUGCAUUGCUUUAGGAUCAGGCGAGAUUGUCUGGCUGCGUGGUGAUGAGAUCAUGUCCCGAAAGCAUGCUGCGUCCCCGGCCGUUCGGUGUUUUCUCGCACCUUCCACACACCCCGUCGCAAGUAGUGGCUCCGUCCUUUUCGCGGGCUUGCAGAACGGCGACAUUCUUAUUGGAGACUCGUUCACGUUGAAAAAAGCGCAUCGCGGAAAAGUUUGUGGGCUGGAGCAGGUAAGACGAGGGCCUUCGGUUUCUUCGUCAUCGUUCUCGUCUAGUCACGCAGCAGAAGGAGGAGGAGGAGCUUUGGAAGCGUUAUUUUCGUGCUCCCCAAGUGAUGACAUGGUAAAGUUGUGGGACAUUUCUUCCUCGUGCACGACCUCUACAACUUCCGAAACUGCAGCAGCACAGCAUCAGAAUACAGCUCAGCACCAUCCAGUGUCCGCGUGGCGCCACGACGGCGUGACCACACUCUCGGUGAUCAAUGCAAAUGAAGUAUGGAGUGGUGGAAGCGACAAGACGGUGAGGCGAUGGGAUGCCCGUUGUUGGGACCGACGACCAGUGAUGCAGUUCGGUCCCAUCGAUGACUGGGUGAUGGCAGUUGAGAACGGCCCGACACUGUACGGAGAUGGAAUGAUGGUACGCGCGGCGGACAAAGCCAUUCACCUGUUUGAUUCCCGGUUUACCACGUCUAGUAAUGCAGCAAGCUCAUCUUCAGGGUCUUCCUCGUCUACGGGGGCAGCAGGGUCGGAAGACCAGCCAGUAACUGUAGGAGGGGCCGCUGUAACGCAAGCGCGACCUCGGGCUUCCGGAAAUCACAGGCCUGCUGGUUUAGUGUUCACCACUCAUCGACAUCAAAAGCUCAUCACCCGCUUUCACAGUGUCAUGACGCGUCGCACCUGUGCGCCACGCCUUGUGAGCUGCUCGCUGGACGGACGCGUGAAAAUUAGCAGCUUGGAUAGGUACCGUGAUACUACCUCAGAUGCCGCAGGCUCCAGUUUUAUGAUCGACGCUGCUUUAGACCGGCAAAUGGCUUCCUCUUUGGUCCCACUAGCAACGGCAGGAGUUCAAAGCAGCACUUUUGCACCAGCAGAUAGGAGCACUACGGCUGGGGGUAGCAGCAAUGAUAGAAGUAAUUUUAGCUCAUCAUCGUUUUCCGCAACAACUGGAAUUCUUAGUAGCAGAGAAACGGAACAGGUACAGGUAGGAGGCUCCUCAUCAUCGACCGGGAACAAUGGUAUAUAUUUCAAUUAUUCUAGUAGUGUGUCUGCGCCGGCUUCGGCCGUUUCUUCGCCGCAUAACGCCCAGCGUGUCCUUCGAGACUAUCUUUACGGUCCUGCCUGCGGCGACAGUAAGAUCCUCUCCCAAGUGGAAGCGGAGCUCCCGCAUUCGGAGGCCACGACGCUGCCCUGCAGCAAUGACUAUGUGCUGUGCGUCGAUUUUGAUGACACGAAGUUGCUGGUUGGCGGUAUGGACGGCACCGUUUUCGAGUACGACUUUGACUUCGCGAAGGACCGGGAUUUCGCUUUCUCAGACAAGCUACGACCAAGAGCCCACUCGGCUAACGCGGCGGCUGAAAUGGUGAGAAUGGACGAAAUAGAAACAGUUAAAGUAGUGGAAAAAGAAAGUCCAUCUGGAAAAGCAUCGGGUAGAACAAAAAGUUGUGGCGCUGCCGUCGGAGCGGCAAGAAGAACAAGCGCCUUUCCAAGUUGUGUUCAGGGGGCACCUCCGUCAUCGUCUUCAAGUGGAGGUGGCUCUUCAGGUGAGAUUCCUCCAUGUUUUCCUUCAGGUGUGCAGUCUGGAUCAAACUCGGUCUUGUCGCCUCAACAACGUCAACAUGCUCGACGAGGGUCUACUUCUAAUGCGUGCACGAAAAUUGUGGAAGCCUUCGAACAGGAAGAGGAGGGCGAAGAGGAGGAACUUUUGACGAGAAAUAGUUCUUUGUCGCAAUUGAGUCUCCUUCAGCCUCGAUCUUCUCCAUCAUCGCAGGUUUCAUCAGGUGGAGGCGAACGUCACGAGAACGCGAGUACUAGUUCCACAUCCAAUAGCGCCUCAUCUGCUCCUGUAGAAGUCGCUGCGUCCUACCCAGGAUCGUCAUCUUCUGACUCAGAUGAGGAACACAAAGAAGACGACUUUCUGCGCGUGCCUUCCUCCGAAUUCCUCUACGGUUUAGCGCGUCAGCAGCAUCUUCAGGAGCAACUGCGAAGCGGCCGAUUACUUUCAGUAGACAGUACGGUUGCAAGCUCUACGGAUCUUCGCCCUCCCGAGUCCUCCCCGCCCUACGCCUUCCACUUUCAUCGGGCAUUUUCAGCGCCCGGCGCCCCCGCCGCUUCAGAACAGCCGUGA